UCAUAUAGAUAUCGUUUAAUACUCCUUUUUAUUUAUUUUUCAUUAUAAUUAUAAUUCACACAAUUGAUCGUCAGUCAAUUGAUCAUCUUUUUUCCUGUUCAUAAACUAUGGAGGGCAAAGUAGGGAUUUUAUUUCUUAUUGUGUUAGGUGCUGCUUCGGCUUGUCAUGCAAGAGGCCUACCAAACCUUGAAUUAUACGGAAAAUCAGAUGCGUGUACAAUUUGCGAGGAAUAUACAACUGAAGUACUUGAUUAUCUAAAGGAUAACAACACUCAUGUAGAGAUCAUUGAUUCCCUUCACAAUACUUGCCAUCAUCUUCUUUCUUUUAACCAGCAGUGCUUGAAAUUGGUGGAUUAUUAUGUUCCACUUUUCUUCUCCGAAAUAGCUCGAAUUACUCCCGGAGAACUCUGUGACAAGUUCAACCUUUGUGAGUCUGCAAAGAAUUAUGCAAGAGUUCGAGGAAAUAGCUGCGGCUUUUGCAAAGACACUGUUGCACAAUUAUUGGUUGAGUUGAAUGAUCCUGACACUAAGAUUGAGAUAAUGGAGAAACUAUUGAAAGCUUGCAAUUCUCUGGAGAAUCACACAAAAGAGUGCAAGAGGAUGGUUUUCGAGUAUGGACCUUUGAUUAUAAUCAAUGCAGAGAAGUUCCUAAAGACAAAUGACAUAUGCACUACAAUACAUGCCUGCCCCGCUUCCUCUAUUGUUAGCCAGAAAACUACAAUCAAUGAAGAAAUACCAAUGCUUUCUGACUCUUAAUCAUGAAUGUUCAAGGAUUUAAUUUACUGCUACUAUAUGUACAUUAAAUAUUUCUUCCAUUGUGAAACCAGGGAAAGUGUUUCUGUGUGAAAUUAUGAAUUUUCAAAUUCUCUAUAGAAACUGUUGAACUUCCUUUUGUUUUCUUCA